CUUUAAUCUGCAGCUGCAGUUCUUUGUGAAUUUGCUCGUGCUAAAUCAAUUUUAAUCCGGUAUUACUAAUCGUAUUUGAGAUUAAAAUAAUUAUAUCAGUUUAUAAUUCGCCUGAGACAUUGGUAAAUUCUUUUACCAAAGGGUAGUUUCACAGCAGGAUUCAGCACGAUCUAUCUUAGCCCGAACUUUUAACCAGCACAAUAAAAAUAUAUAAAAUUGAAAUUCCGUGUAAUCGGAUUGAAAGGACCAUGCCACACCAAGACGGUUCCAUUUUCGUUUUCACCCAAUGGUCUUUUGGUCAUUGAAACCAUCUUUAAGUUCAACGCUUCUUGCUUGCCUUUUCUUCACGCGUACAACCGCCUCCGAUGAGCUUUUUGACAAGUGCAAAUGAUACUUCUGAACCAUACAAUUUGAUACAGCUUACGUAAGCGUUAUAUAAGCUCAAGAGGGAGGUGGAAGAAAGCCAACCCUUUAAGGAUCAUUCUUCAAGAUCACACCCACCAAACACAACACCAUGAUUGACAAUAUCAUAAAGAAUAUCGCAAAAACUGCGAUCAGCUCGUUUAAGAGAAUGGCAACAUCGUAUCCGGUAGCCAGGAAUGCUAACGAUACCGGCCUCCAUAAAAUUGAAUUUACUCCUAAAGAUCCGUUCCAACUUGUCCAAAAGUGGUACGAUGAAUUUGAAACGGACAACUACAUAGCGAAGAACAGCUUCUGUCUGUCCACAGCUGCAAAAAGUGGUCGUGUGAGCGCGAGGAACUUAAUCUUGAGGAGGCUGGACAAAGACGGCUUCGUCAUCAUGACUGAUAGUAGGAGCAAAAAAGUCCGGGAAAUGGAAGAAAACCCCAUGGCUGCUAUGACUUUUCUAUGGGUUGUUCAACAAAACGAGCUCGUUCUUUCACGGCAGGUGAGAGCAGAAGGUCUUAUAAAGCGCUUGCCGUACGAAGAAUGGAAGGACAUCUACGACAACGAACCUCUUUUCGCCAAGAUCAGGGCUUACCUUUGCUACCAGGGCCAGGAAGUGGAUUGGGACGAGGCAAGGCAGGAACACGACAAAAUUUACAAUAAAUUUCAAGCUGGGAAUCUCGACCUUUCAGUCAAGCCGGAUCAUGUUGUCGCUUACAAAAUGAAACCGGACAUGCUGGAAUUCUACGAGUCCCUAGGGCCCCGGAUAGCCGACAGGGUGAUGUACUUAAUGGGUGAACUCGGAUGGAAAGAGCCGAGAAGGAUUUGGGCAUAAUUCAAUAUUUUUUAAAUAAUUUUUUUCUAUAUAUGAAUACUGUAUGUUUGUGUGUUAGUUUAUAAGUUAUGUUACUUAUCUUCACAUAAUACAUUAAAAAAAGAAAAUAAUUUUUAA